CGCUAACAAAAGAAGAGCUCAAAGAUGAAUCUAUAUUAGAACUACCAGAGGAAACCAAGGAGAUGGAUGCUAUUGAGAUUGGUGAAGAAGAUUUAGAUGGAUCAGACAAUGAGUCUGUGGUUGAGGUUGUGGAACCUGCUAAGGAACCGGAGCCAGUUGAGAUCCAAGAAGUAGACGAUGGUGAUGAAGAUGACGUUCUCCUGAAAGUGGAGCCUGUAGAGCAGGUGGUGGUUGAAGAUGAUGCGGACACCGAUGAGGAGACCCAGGUGGAACGGACGAAAAGGGACGAAUUGGCUGCCAUUGACUUUGCUAAUAUCAAGAUUAAACAGGAACCUGUUGAUCCAGACGAUGAACCAAUAAUAACAGCGGAUCUAGAGACGCCGCCCGUUACCAUAGAAACCACUCACACAACUGUCACAUCCUCGAUUGAUGGCAAUGUGCAAUUGGACGACGCGACCGCUGCGCCUGCGCUGCCUAUUGGAGGAAUUAGGAUUAAUAUUAAUAAGGUAGUCACAUCAUUCAUCAGCCCACAAGAAGAUAAAAUGCUAGAAGACAUAAGUGCUGAUGAUGAACCGUUACCACCGGGAGAAGAACCCGAACUCGAAUACAAGCUUAAGCCAGAGUUAGAGAAUGUUCAGUUUAGCAGACAACCCCCAUUACAGCGUGGGAACGAAUUAUCAGGACUUUGCUCAAUCAUGUGAUGUGUGUGGUACUCGCAGACAUAUUUGUGUGUCUGAUAGUGAUGUGAAGUGAAGUGACUAGUGAAUUAUAUUGCGUCUGUGAUUUAGUAAAAGGAUGCAUCACAAAGUGAGGCACAUUUGUGUCUGUUUUAGGGACAUGUAAGUUUUAUAUAGUUAUAAAUUAGUAACUUAUUGGACAGACGGACUUGUUUCUGUUUUCAGAAAAUUUUGGUUCGAUCAGACAUGAAAGUUAGAUAUGCGAGCCACUUUUAACAUGAAUUGUUGCCAAACUAAGUCUUGGUCCGUGUGAAACAUUUUUAUGUCGGUUUUAAUGACAAUUUUUUCAUAUUUAAACAUUGUUUCCUAAUAGAACAGUACUAACAAGCGAAUUGAAUUAACAUAUUGAUAAGUUACCAAUACUGAAGAAGUAUUAAAUUGUACGUAAGUUUUAGUAUUUUAUUGUAUUUUGCGCUAUUGUUACGAUUGAUAAAUAUAAUCCCCUUUAUGCCUAAAUGGCUUAAAACUAUCGAACCUCACUUGGGUUCUAAAUUCAAAAUAUGUUUUUAGUCUUGGAAUAUUUGACAAUAUUCUAUAAUCUAUAGAAAAAUCUUUGUCUAUUCUUUCUUGACCUUUUAUGAGAACAAUUUAAUAAAUUAACAAUAAAAAUAAUAUUCUUUUGGGAUUUUCAUGUGUAAUGUAUUAAAUAUAAUACAUAUAUAUUGAGAAAUUGACGUUAAAAAAAUUGUCGGAUGAUUUGUAAGAUCAUUUUAAAUUUAGAACCCAGUUUUUAUAUUAUACAUUUCACAUAGGCUUAAUCUGGCAAAAUGCACUGCCAGUACAUUUAGGUAAUUAAAUCAAAAUGUGAUAUUAUAAUAAGAAUUUCAUUGUAAUUAUUUUGGUUUUGGGUCGGCACAAGUUUAGUAUGUUUUGGUUGUAAAUAAAUUGUCGUAAAACAUUGA